AUGGAUGGCCGACUUUUGAACCUCUACGUUAUUGCCUUCUAUAAAGUUGUGUUCCUGGUUCUUGGAUUUAUAGGAAACUCAUUAUUCAUUCAUUUGAUCUACAGAAGGAAGCAGUUGCAGUCGAGAACAUCUAUUCUUCAAUGCGUUCAGUGUAUAUUCCAUUUGUUGUGCCAAAUUGGUACUGUUGUGAGUGGAGUCCUGGAUGUUGGGACCCUUUAUAGACGGAAUGAGUGUUUGAAACGAAUUGCAUUCUACAUAUUCUUCCAAACAGCACAGGGAAUUAUUAUGAUGGUCAUCGUAUUGGAUAUUCUAGCCUUUGUCAAGUUCCCAGUGUUCUACCGUAGACUUUCAUCCUCUGCAUACAUCGCCUUUGUUACUGUACCAGUGUUGGCAUUUUCUGUUUUCACUACUUCACUUGCUAUUUUCACAACAAACGAUGAAUUCGUUUACUCUUGUGGUCCUCCUUUUGCUUUUGAUGCUCAAACAGGCGUCUAUUAUAACAUGCUGUUCAUACUUCUCGGAAUCAUUGUCAUGAUCUUGUAUUUGAUUUUAAUUUGGAUAUUCCAAACGAGCAACCAAAACCGAACAAACUUUCUGAGAACUAUUAAACGUCUGCAGCUAUCAGUUUUGAUUUUCAUAUUCACUUGGUUUUUCGGUCAGAUUCUUGGGUUCGUUGUUCUCAGAGCCCCAGAAUUCUCUGAAUGGAGUGGAAUGAUGUUUGCUCAUACGGUCUUCUUCGUAUGCCUAUGUUACAGUAACACAUUUUAUGUAACGAUGAUGCGGAGCAAAGAGUAUCGACAAGAAUUCUACAGUGUAUGGUUGCAAAAAUCAAGAAGUUCAGCUUCGGUAGCUACGUUCUCUACUAAUUCUCUUUUUUGA